AUGUCCAGUUCCCAUAACCUCCGUCCUCUCGCUGCUAGCAGCAGGCUUGAAUGCCAAGAAUUUAUUGGGUCCCAACCGAUCCAUGCUCAACAACAACAAUUGGUCUUUCCUCCCUCCCAACAGUUGGUUCAUCCUCAAGAAAUUAAUUCAUCUGCAGACUCAAUCUUGCCCUACCUUCUUCCGAAGCGAUCAAAACUUGAUGAAGAUUUAUCAUUCAUGACUGAUGGUUAUUCUCCUCUCAAAUUUCAAUGGACCAUUACAUUCCGAUUGAAAUUGUUAAGUGGUUCUACUGGAAAUUGGAGAUGCCUAUUUCAUUAUGGUAACUCGGAUCAUGUUCGGCAACCAGCCAUGUGGUUGUCACCUCAUGAAAAUACUCUCCAUUGCCGAGUGGAUACCACGAAAAGUAAUAAUGAUGGUUUUGAUAGCACUGAGAGUUUGGAUAAAUAUAAUUCUUGGUAUCAUGUUGCGGUCGUAUAUUAUGACACGUACCAAAUUUUAUAUCUCGAUGGCAAAUGUGAUGAGGUUGCAAAUUCAGGAGUCAUUAAGAGAAUUCCAAAUCAGCAGUUUCGCAUAUUUUGUUCACCAGGAGGUUACACACAGGGAAAUGUUGAGAUGAAAAACUUUAGAAUGUACAAUCGUGCAUUGUCGCAAGAAGACAUUCAAAUGGACAUGAAGAGUGAUGAACCACUCACGACAAGUUCUUUAUCGUUACACGGCCGCAACAAUCAAACAUGUGACAUGUUGCUCAAGAAGGACUUAAAAAAGAUGUUGACCAUGCAUGAAUUUUCCAACGUGCUCUUAAAAUUUUCUGACACGGAUCAAGUGAUUAGAGCCAAUGAUGUCAUGCUAGCGGUUCGGUCGGAAUAUUUUAGAAAAAUUCUGAGUAAGGAAUGGAAUGAAACGACAGUAGAGUUUACACCUAAAAAUCCCAAGGUUAUUGAAAUGUCAGGCCUUUCAUACAAUGCUGUACAAGCAGUCAUUCAAUAUAUUUACACAGGGGAAUUAGAGAAUGCCAACAAUGGCACUGAACAAGUUUACACAGUUCCUGUCUUGUUGGAAAUUUUAAAAGCUGGCAAUAUGUUAUUGUUGACCGAGAUGGAGAAUUUAGUGACUGAGGUAUUAAUCGCACAGAUCAACUCAAAGAAUGUGUGUGCCAUAUUGAAUGAGAUUUAUGACUAUCAAGUGACAAGCCUCAAUACUUUCUGUAUCAAUUAUAUUGUGAAACAUUUCAAACUUAUUGCCAUUGACGACUUGCUACAAAUGGAUCAAGAGAUUCAAAAACAAGUUUUAACAAGUGUACAAAAGAGUUCAAUUGUUUAA